GACAAGAGAGAGAAGAGCUUCACACUCAAGGUCUCAUUUUUUCUCUUGAGUCUUUCGAUUUUCUCUCGAGCAAACGCGGCAAGCAGGAAGAGGUCUCAUGGGUCUACAGGGAGAAGUAAGAUUGAGCGAUCUCAAAGUGAAAGUCCACAAGAUCUCGACGGUGGUUCCAGCCGGAGAGACCGAGCAAUGCACGCUCUUCAUGUCCAACAUCGACCAGGUACUGGCUUACUACGUCGAGACGGUCUACUUCUACGACAAGGGGGGUGACGCCGCGGCGGAACUUCUCCAGGAGGCGCUUGGGAGAGUUCUCGUCCCCUACCAUUUCCUGGCUGGGAGAUUCAAGCUCAAUCCCAAGCUGGGGAGGAUGGAGCUGGAAUGCAACCGCGAAGGAGUCUCCUUUGCUGCCGCGAGCUGCGAGCUGCGAGUCUCGGAUCUGGGCGAUAUCAGUGUUCCAAAUCCGCUCUUCCGCAAUCUCGUUCUCCUUCCGGACGAAGGCAAGGCUCUCAACGAUGCUCCUCUCAUCACAAUCCAGGUGACCAAGUUUUCGUGCGGUGGCUUCGCAAUGGGCGUCUACAUGAGCCACGCAUCGCUCGACGGCAUCGGCGCGCUCGAGUUCUUCAUGAACUACUGCUCGGUUGCCCGCGGCGAUGGAAUGCAAGUCAUCCCAAAGCCGGACCGGACGAUGCUCGCCGCUCGCUCGCCACCGCAAGUAACUUUCGACCACACCGAGUACGUGAAGCUCAGCGAUCUCAUGGCCGCCGCCGCUGCCGCCAAGGCCACCGCCUUCACCACCCCGGACUCCGCCAACGCCGCCACCCGAGCCCCACAAAAGCACGUCUACAAGAGCUUCUCCUUCACUCCCGACCGGAUCGCCCAGCUCAAGAAGGCCGUCCUCGAUGAAUCCACCGCGACGAUCGACAAGUGUUCUUCGUUCGAGGUGAUCGUCGCCCAUCUCUGGCAGGCGAGAACUCGGGCCGUGGAGAUGGAUCCCGACUCGCCCUCCAAGCUCUUCUUCGCGGUGGACAUUCGCAACAAGGUAGAUCCUCCGCUGCCAAAGGGAUUCGCCGGGAAUGGCGUCCUCUCGGCGCCUUGCGUGAAAACUCUCGCGCGGGACGUCCGCGAGAACUCGCUGGGCUACUGCGUACGGAAGGUCCAGGAGGCCAUCGCCGCGGUGACCGACGAGUACGUACGGUCGUCCAUCGACCACGGGGAGCUCUACCGCGGCGUGCCGGCGCUCCACGGUGGGAUAUUCAUCUCCCCGUGGUGGAAGAUCCCCUUCCAGGAGCUCGACUUUGGGUGGGGGCGGCCGCUCUACGCGGGGCCCGUGGUAAACGACCGGGUAGAAUUUGUUUUACUGCUCCACAAUGGUAAACAGGAUGGCGGGCUCAAUGCAUACCUGGCGCUGGAGCCGGCGGAGAUGGACAAGUUUGAGAAGCUCCUCCAAGUUUAGCGAGGAAAGCAUCUGGGCCGUUGGAUCGUUUGCCUUUAAAUUGAAAGGAAAAAUAGGAAAAUGGUUUUUUA